AUGACUGUACGGCCGCCAUGCUACCCCUGCUCUCACCAUGCUACCCCUGCUCUCACCAUGCUACCCCUGCUCUCACCAUGCUACCCCUGCUCUCACCAUGCUACCCCUGCUCUCACCAUGCUACCCCUGCGCUCACCAUGCUACCCCUGCGCUCACCAUGCUACCCCUGCUCUCACCAUGCUACCCCUGCUCUCACCAUGCUACCCCUGCGCUCACCAUGCUACCCCUGCUCUCACCAUGCUACCCCUGCUCUCACCAUGCUACCCCUGCUCUCACCAUGCUACCCCUGCUCUCACCAUGCUACCCCUGCUCUCACCAUGCUACCCCUGCGCUCACCAUGCUACCCCUGCGCUCACCAUGCUACCCCUGCUCUCACCAUGCUACCCCUGCGCUCACCAUGCUACCCCUUCUCUCACCAUGCUACCCCUGCGCUCACCAUGCUACCCCUGCUCUCACCAUGCUACCCCUGCGCUCACCAUGCUACCCCUGCUCUCACCAUGCUACCCCUGCUCUCACCAUGCUACCCCUGCGCUCACCAUGCUACCCCUGCGCUCACCAUGCUACCCCUGCUCUCACCAUGCUACCACUGCUCUCACCAUGCUACCCCUGCUCUCACCAUGCUACCACUGCUCUCACAAAGCUACCCCUGCGCUCACCAUGCUACCCCUGCUCUCACCAUGCUACCCCUGCUCUCACCAUGCUACCCCUGCUCUCACCAUGCUACCCCUGCGCUCACCAUGCUACCCCUGCUCUCACCAUGCUACCCCUGCUCUCACCAUGCUACCCCUGCUCUCACCAUGCUACCCCUGCUCUCACCAUGCUACCCCUGCUCUCACCAUGCUACCCCUGCUCUCACCAUGCUACCCCUGCUCUCACCAUGCUACCCCUGCGCUCACCAUGCUACCCCUGCUCUCACCAUGCUACCCCUUCUCUCACCAUGCUACCCCUGCUCUCACCAUGCUACCCCUGCUCUCACCAUGCUACCCCUGCUCUCACCAUGCUACCCCUGCUCUCACCAUGCUACCCCUGCUCUCACCAUGCUACCCCUGCUCUCACCAUGCUACCCCUGCUCUCACCAUGCUACCCACCAUGCUACCCCUGCGCUCACCAUGCUACCCCUGCUCUCACCAUGCUACCCCUUCUCUCACCAUGCUACCCCUGCUCUCACCAUGCUACCCCUGCUCUCACCAUGCUACCCCUGCUCUCACCAUGCUACCCCUGCGCUCACCAUGCUACCCCUGCUCUCACCAUGCUACCCCUGCUCUCACCAUGCUACCCCUGCUCUCACCAUGCUACCCCUGCUCUCACCAUGCUACCCCUGCGCUCACCAUGCUACCCCUGCUCUCACCAUGCUACCCCUUCUCUCACCAUGCUACCCCUGCUCUCACCAUGCUACCCCUGCUCUCACCAUGCUACCCCUGCUCUCACCAUGCUACCCCUGCUCUCACCAUGCUACCCCUGCUCUCACCAUGCUACCCCUGCUCUCACCAUGCUACCCCUGCUCUCACCAUGCUACCCCUGCUCUCACCAUGCUACCCCUGCUCUCACCAUGCUACCCCUGCGCUCACCAUGCUACCCCUGCUCUCACCAUGCUACCCCUUCUCUCACCAUGCUACCCCUGCUCUCACCAUGCUACCCCUGCUCUCACCAUGCUACCCCUGCUCUCACCAUGCUACCCCUGCUCUCACCAUGCUACCCCUGCUCUCACCAUGCUACCCCUGCUCUCACCAUGCUACCCCUGCUCUCACCAUGCUACCCCUGCUCUCACCAUGCUACCCCUGCUCUCACCAUGCUACCCCUGCGCUCACCAUGCUACCCCUGCUCUCACCAUGCUACCCCUGCUCUCACCAUGCUACCCCUGCUCUCACCAUGCUACCCCUGCGCUCACCAUGCUACCCCUGCUCUCACCAUGCUACCCCUUCUCUCACCAUGCUACCCCUGCUCUCACCAUGCUACCCCUGCUCUCACCAUGCUACCCCUGCUCUCACCAUGCUACCCCUGCUCUCACCAUGCUACCCCUGCUCUCACCAUGCUACCCCUGCUCUCACCAUGCUACCCCUGCUCUCACCAUGCUACCCCUGCUCUCACCAUGCUACCCCUGCUCUCACCAUGCUACCCCUGCUCUCACCAUGCUACCCCUGCUCUCACCAUGCUACCCCUGCUCUCACCAUGCUACCCCUUCUCUCACCAUGCUACCCCUGCGCUCACCAUGCUACCCCUGCUCUCACCAUGCUACCCCUGCUCUCACCAUGCUACCCCUGCUCUCACCAUGCUACCCCUGCUCUCACCAUGCUACCCCUGCUCUCACCAUGCUACCCCUGCUCUCACCAUGCUACCCCUGCUCUCACCAUGCUACCCCUGCUCUCACCAUGCUACCCCUGCGCUCACCAUGCUACCCCCUGCUCUCACCAUGCUACCCCUGCUCUCACCAUGCUACCCCUGCUCUCACCAUGCUACCCCUGCUCUCACCAUGCUACCCCUGCUCUCACCAUGCUACCCUGCUCUCACCAUGCUACCCCUGCUCUCACCAUGCUACCCCUGCUCUCACCAUGCUACCCCUCUCUCACCAUGCUACCCCUGCUCUCACCAUGCUACCCCUGCUCUCACCAUGCUACCCCUGCUCUCACCAUGCUACCCCUGCUCUCACCAUGCUACCCCUGCUCUCACCAUGCUACCCCUGCUCUCACCAUGCUACCCCUGCUCUCACCAUGCUACCCCUGCUCUCACCAUGCUACCCCUGCUCUCACCAUGCUACCCCUGCUCUCACCAUGCUACCCCUGCUCUCACCAUGCUACCCUGCGCUCACCAUGCUACCCCUGCUCUCACCAUGCUACCCCUGCUCUCACCAUGCUACCCCUGCUCUCACCAUGCUACCCCUGCUCUCACCAUGCUACCCCUGCGCUCACCAUGCUACCCCUGCUCUCACCAUGCUACCCCUGCUCUCACCAUGCUACCCCUGCGCUCACCAUGCUACCCCUGCUCUCACCAUGCUACACCCCUGCUCUCACCAUGCUACCCCUGCUCUCACCAUGCUACCCCUGCUCUCACCAUGCUACCCCUGCGCUCACCAUGCUACCCCUGCUCUCACCAUGCUACCCCUGCGCUCACACUGCUACCCCUGCGCUCACCAUGCUACCCCUGCUCUCACCAUGCUACCCCUGCGCUCACCAUGCUACCCCUGCUCUCACCAUGCUACCCCUGCGCUCACCAUGCUACCCCUGCUCUCACCAUGCUACCCCUGCUCUCACCAUGCUACCCCUGCGCUCACCAUGCUACCCCUGCUCUCACCAUGCUACCCCUGCUCUCACCAUGCUACCACUGCUCUCACCAUGCUACCCCUGCUCUCACCAUGCUACCACUGCUCUCACAAAGCUACCCCUGCGCUCACCAUGCUACCCCUGCUCUCACCAUGCUACCCCUGCUCUCACCAUGCUACCCCUGCGCUCACCAUGCUACCCCUGCGCUCACCAUGCUACCCCUGCUCUCACCAUGCUACCCCUGCGCUCACCAUGCUACCCCCUGCUCUCACCAUGCUACCCCUGCUCUCACCAUGCUACCCCUGCUCUCACCAUGCUACCCCUGCUGUCACCAUGCUACCCCUGCUCUCACCAUGCUACCCCUGCUCUCACCAUGCUACCCCUGCGCUCACCAUGCUACCCCUGCUCUCACCAUGCUACCCCUGCGCUCACCAUGCUACCCCUGCUCUCACCAUGCUACCCCUGCGCUCACCAUGCUACCCCUGCUCUCACCAUGCUACCCCUGCUCUCACCAUGCUACCCCUGCUCUCACCAUGCUACCCCUGCGCUCACCAUGCUACCCCUGCUCUCACCAUGCUACCCCUGCUCUCACCAUGCUACCCCUGCGCUCACCAUGCUACCCCUGCUCUCACCAUGCUACCCCUGCUCUCACCAUGCUACCCCUGCUCUCACCAUGCUACCCCUGCGCUCACCAUGCUACCCCUGCUCUCACCAUGCUACCCCUGCGCUCACCAUGCUACCCCUGCUCUCACCAUGCCACCCCUGCGCUCACCAUGCUACCCCUGCGCUCACCAUGCUACCCCUCCUCUCACCAUGCUACCCCUGCUCUCACCAUGCUACCCCUGCUCUCACCAUGCUACCCCUGCUCUCACCAUGCUACCCCUGCUCUCACCAUGCUACCCCUGCGCUCACCAUGCUACCCCUGCUCUCACCAUGCUACCCCUGCUCUCACCAUGCUACCCCUGCGCUCACCAUGCUACCCCUGCUCUCACCAUGCUACCCCUGCGCUCACCAUGCUACCCCUGCUCUCACCAUGCUACCCCUGCUCUCACCAUGCUACCCCUGCUCUCACCAUGCUACCCCUGCUCUCACCAUGCUACCCCUGCUCUCACCAUGCUACCCCUGCGCUCACCAUGCUACCCCUGCUCUCACCAUGCUACCCCUGCGCUCACACUGCUACCCCUGCGCUCACCAUGCUACCCCUGCUCUCACCAUGCUACCCCUGCGCUCACCAUGCUACCCCUGCUCUCACCAUGCUACCCCUGCGCUCACCAUGCUACCCCUGCUCUCACCAUGCUACCCCUGCUCUCACCAUGCUACCCCUGCGCUCACCAUGCUACCCCUGCUCUCACCAUGCUACCCCUGCUCUCACCAUGCUACCACUGCUCUCACCAUGCUACCCCUGCUCUCACCAUGCUACCACUGCUCUCACAAAGCUACCCCUGCGCUCACCAUGCUACCCCUGCUCUCACCAUGCUACCCCUGCUCUCACCAUGCUACCCCUGCGCUCACCAUGCUACCCCUGCGCUCACCAUGCUACCCCUGCUCUCACCAUGCUACCCCUGCGCUCACCAUGCUACCCCUGCUCUCACCAUGCUACCCCUGCUCUCACCAUGCUACCCCUGCUCUCACCAUGCUACCCCUGCUGUCACCAUGCUACCCCUGCUCUCACCAUGCUACCCCUGCUCUCACCAUGCUACCCCUGCGCUCACCAUGCUACCCCUGCUCUCACCAUGCUACCCCUGCUCUCACCAUGCUACCCCUGCUCUCACCAUGCUACCCCUGCUCUCACCAUGCUACCCCUGCGCUCACCAUGCUACCCCUGCUCUCACCAUGCUACCCCUGCUCUCACCAUGCUACCCCUGCUCUCACCAUGCUACCCCUGCUCUCACCAUGCUACCCCUGCGCUCACCAUGCUACCCCUGCUCUCACCAUGCUACCCCUGCUCUCACCAUGCUACCCCUGCGCUCACCAUGCUACCCCUGCUCUCACCAUGCUACCCCUGCGCUCACCAUGCUACCCCUGCUCUCACCAUGCUAACCCUGCUCUCACCAUGCUACCCCUGCUCUCACCAUGCUACCCCUGCGCUCACCAUGCUACCCCUGCUCUCACCAUGCUACCCCUGCGCUCACCAUGCUACCCCUGCUCUCACCAUGCUACCCCUGCUCUCACCAUGCUACCCCUGCUCUCACCAUGCUACCCCUGCGCUCACCAUGCUACCCCUGCUCUCACCAUGCUACCCCUGCGCUCACCAUGCUACCCCUGCUCUCACCAUGCUACCCCUGCUCUCACCAUGCUACCCCUGCUCUCACCAUGCUACCCCUGCUGUCACCAUGCUACCCCUGCUCUCACCAUGCUACCCCUGCUCUCACCAUGCUACCCCUGCGCUCACCAUGCUACCCCUGCUCUCACCAUGCUACCCCUGCUCUCACCAUGCUACCCCUGCGCUCACCAUGCUACCCCUGCUCUCACCAUGCUACCCCUGCUCUCACCAUGCUACCCCUGCGCUCACCAUGCUACCCCUGCUCUCACCAUGCUACCCCUGCUCUCACCAUGCUACCCCUGCUCUCACCAUGCUACCCCUGCUCUCACCAUGCUACCCCUGCUCUCACCAUGCUACCCCUGCGCUCACCAUGCUACCCCUGCUCUCACCAUGCUACCCCUGCUCUCACCAUGCUACCCCUGCUCUCACCAUGCUACCCCUGCUCUCACCAUGCUACCCCUGCGCUCACCAUGCUACCCCUGCUCUCACCAUGCUACCCUGCGCUCACCAUGCUACCCCUGCGCUCACCAUGCUACCCCUGCUCUCACCAUGCUACCCCUGCUCUCACCAUGCUACCCCUGCUCUCACCAUGCUACCCCUGCUGUCACCAUGCUACCCCUGCUCUCACCAUGCUACCCCUGCUCUCACCAUGCUACCCCUGCGCUCACCAUGCUACCCCUGCUCUCACCAUGCUACCCCUGCUCUCACCAUGCUACCCCUGCUCUCACCAUGCUACCCCUGCGCUCACCAUGCUACCCCUGCUCUCACCAUGCUACCCCUGCUCUCACCAUGCUACCCCUGCUCUCACCAUGCUACCCCUGCUCUCACCAUGCUACCCCUGCGCUCACCAUGCUACCCCUGCUCUCACCAUGCUACCCCUGCUCUCACCAUGCUACCCCUGCUCUCACCAUGCUACCCCUGCGCUCACCAUGCUACCCCUGCUCUCACCAUGCUACCCCUGCGCUCACCAUGCUACCCCUGCUCUCACCAUGCUACCCCUGCUCUCACCAUGCUACCCCUGCUCUCACCAUGCUACCCCUGCGCUCACCAUGCUACCCCUGCUCUCACCAUGCUACCCCUGCGCUCACCAUGCUACCCCUGCUCUCACCAUGCUACCCCUGCUCUCACCAUGCUACCCCUGCUCUCACAUGCUACCCCUGCGCUCACCAUGCUACCCUGCUCUCACCAUGCUACCCCUGCUCUCACCAUGCUACCCCUGCGCUCACCAUGCUACCCCUGCUCUCACCAUGCUACCCCUGCUCUCACCAUGCUACCCCUGCUCUCACCAUGCUACCCCUGCUGUCACCAUGCUACCCCUGCUCUCACCAUGCUACCCUGCUCUCACCAUGCUACCCCUGCUCUCACCAUGCUACCCCUGCUCUCACCAUGCUACCCCUGCUCUCACCAUGCUACCCCUGCGCUCACCAUGCUACCCCUGCUCUCACCAUGCUACCCCCUGCUCUCACCAUGCUACCCCUGCGCUCACCAUGCUACCCCUGCUCUCACCAUGCUACCCCUGCUCUCACCAUGCUACCCCUGCUCUCACCAUGCUACCCCUGCUCUCACCAUGCUACCCCUGCGCUCACCAUGCUACCCCUGCUCUCACCAUGCUACCCCUGCUCUCACCAUGCUACCCCUGCGCUCACCAUGCUACCCCUGCUCUCACCAUGCUACCCCUGCUCUCACCAUGCUACCCCUGCGCUCACCAUGCUACCCCUGCUCUCACCAUGCUACCCCUGCGCUCACCAUGCUACCCCUGCUCUCACCAUGCUACCCCUGCUCUCACCAUGCUACCCCUGCUCUCACCAUGCUACCCCUGCGCUCACCAUGCUACCCCUGCUCUCACCAUGCUACCCCUGCGCUCACCAUGCUACCCCUGCUCUCACCAUGCUACCCCUGCUCUCACCAUGCUACCCCUGCUCUCACCAUGCUACCCCUGCGCUCACCAUGCUACCCCUGCUCUCACCAUGCUACCCCUGCGCUCACCAUGCUACCCCUGCUCUCACCAUGCUACCCCUGCUCUCACCAUGCUACCCCUGCUCUCACCAUGCUACCCCUGCUGUCACCAUGCUACCCCUGCUCUCACCAUGCUACCCCUGCUCUCACCAUGCUACCCCUGCGCUCACCAUGCUACCCCUGCUCUCACCAUGCUACCCCUGCUCUCACCAUGCUACCCCUGCUCACCAUGCUACCCCUGCUCUCACCAUGCUACCCCUGCGCUCACCAUGCUACCCCUGCUCUCACCAUGCUACCCCUGCUCUCACCAUGCUACCCCUGCUCUCACCAUGCUACCCCUGCUCUCACCAUGCUACCCCUGCUCUCACCAUGCUACCCCUGCUCUCACCAUGCUACCCCUGCUCUCACCAUGCUACCCCUGCUCUCACCAUGCUACCCCUGCUCUCACCAUGCCGCCAACGCCUGCACUCACACUGCACCACUGCCACACUGCACCACUGCCUCAACCAUCUUCACCCCUCCCCUCCUCCCUCACUCCUUCCUUCCCUCCCUCCCUCCCUGCCCCUGCUCUCACCAUCGUGCAGCACCAGCAGCGCUGCCCUUGCGCCCUCCCCUUUCUCCCCCCCAUCCACUCCCCCUCCCCCUGUUCCCCCUCCCCCUGCGCCCGCCGCUUUCUUCAUGGCGGCUUCCCCCACGCGGCACAUGUCUUCCGCGUCCUUGAAUCGCUGCUGA